AUGGCUAUUCAAUAUCUGAUUUGCUUGAACAAGCAAGGAAUUGUAAGGUUGGCGAGAUUUUUCCAACCUUUUCUCGGAGACUCUAAGGAUGGCCAUGCAACCAUAGCCCAGAUAUACAAAUUAGUAUCAUCCCGAGACCUUAAACAUCAGAGCAACUUCGUUGAGUUUUCUGAGUCUACGAAAUUGAUCUACAAACGAUACGCAGGGCUUUAUUUUGUCAUGGGUGUUGAUCUCCGGGAUGAAGAACUCAUUUACUUAUCGCAUAUUCACCUUUUCGUAGAGGUUCUGGACGCUUUUUUUGGCAACGUGUGCGAGUUGGACAUUGUAUUCAACUUCUAUAAGGCGUAUAUGAUUUUGGAUGAAAUGAUAAUAGGAGGAGAGUUGCAGGAAGCCUCCAAGGACGUGUUGCUGGAGCGAUUGACAUACUUGGAUCGACUCAGUUAA